AUGACCCAACCACAGACUGACUACCUCUCCCAACCACAGACUGACUAUCUCUCCACUGCAGGCCCCUACAACUAUGAACAGCCCCUUCCCCCCGUGGCUCGGGCAAAUGCUGUCACCCAGGUGCCCCCAGCUAAGAAGAUAACCUUCUACAAGAGUGGGGACCCUCAAUUUGGAGGUGUCAAAAUGGCCAUCAACCAGCGCAGCUUCAAGAGUUUCAAUGCCCUCAUGGAUGACCUCUCCCACCGGGUCCCCCUGCCUUUCGGGGUGCGAACCAUCACAACGCCACGGGGGAUCCACUGCAUCAACACUCUGGACCAGCUUGAGGAUGGGGGAUGCUACUUGUGCUCUGACAAGAAGUACGUCACACCCAUCAGUUUUGGUGCUCCAAGCCGGAGGGCCGGCCCUCCACGGAACAGUCGGCCAACCAGUGCGCUCAGGAGGGCUGCCCAAGAGGCCAAACGCGAGGAUUAUGCAGCGGCUUUUGCCCAGCAGAGUCCAAGGAUACCAAAGAAAAUCACGCUGGUUAAGAAUGGGGAUAUCUCCACCAGGAGGCCAAUUAUCCUCAACCGGAGGAAUGCUCGGAGCUUCAAAACUCUCUUGGAUGAGAUUUCAGAGAUCAUGCAGUUUACAGUGAAGAAGCUGUACACUGUGGAUGGGAAGAGGAUUGACAGCAUGCAGGCCCUGUUGCAUUGCCCCGCUGUGCUUGUCUGUGUGGGGCGGGAGCCCUUCAAACCGAUUGUGACAGAGAGUUCCAGGAAGCUCUCCUCGGAGAAACUGCCUGGCCUGGCUUCACGAUCCAACAGCAAUAAUAUUGGUGAAAACAGUGAAAUGAACUUUGGACUGAAAGCCAAGAAGAGCGUGAUUCAUCCAAGGUCAUCUACGAGCAAUCGAUCCACACGGUUUUCUUUGUCAUCUGAAAAGUCUUUUCCCAAUGGCCUGACGACCUCUCCAGAGAAUGGUGCUCUGAGUUCAAACAACUACCCACACUCUAAAGCAGGGGAUCUGGUCCAUACAUUAGUCAACGAUGACAUCGAAAAGAAGGUGCAUGUCAACAAGGAUGGCAGCCUGUCAGUCGAGAUGAAAGUCCGUUUCCGCCUGCUCAAUGACGAGACUCUCCAGUGGUCCACCCAUAUCAAGAAGUCCAGCCUGAUUAAUCAGAUCCCCUGUGAAGAGUUGGGCAUCGAUGAAGACCCUGGAUUAGACCCAAUAGAGAAAAUGAAUCUAGAGGCAAGCUCUGAGGCAGAUGAUUCAUUAUAUCCCUGUGAUGCUGACUCCUACAUCUCAAAGCUUGAUGAGUCUGAAAUCGAAGAGUCUCAUUGUCCCAACUGUGGCAAGCAACGCAAAGACUAUGAUAUUUGGAAGAACCCCAUGCACACUUCCCCAAAAGAGGAGCCUGGCAUCAGGAACACUUGGUACACACAUUCUUCUUGCUCAAGUACUUCGUCGCAGCGGAGGAUCAUCCGGAAAAAAAUAACCUCUUUUACGGACAGCAUCCGCACUUCAUCUAGUGGGGAAGAAUACUCUGAGCACAUUGUACAUGAGUCCUCUUCUUACUCAGAGACUGUAAAAAAUAGGGUGGACAGUCGUGCUGCUAAAAAAUGCUGCUGUCAGGGUGACUGUACCCGGCCAAACACAAGCCAAAGGGGGUCUCCAGAGGAGCCAGAAGCUGCAGCUUGUCUGGCCAGUUCACAAAAUGAAGACGAGGAUGCUGUUGAAAGCUCUACGGGGAGGGGAGAAGAUGAAGGGAAAAGAAGCAAAGCUGGGAGUGGCAAAUCAAAGGCAUCCCAGUGCCCUACAGAAACCGAAACAAGUGUGUGCAAAGAAACCAGCACAGUGGCAAGGAGCAUUUCAUCCAGUAGCAUUAAGAAACCAGAAGUUUUAGAAGAUAUUCCUGGUGGUGUAUCCACUCCAAACAGUAUUGGCAGCAAAUCCAGUAAAUGCACACCGAGAGCCAAGGAUGAUGACCCAGAGGAGGCUUCUGAGAAUAAACAAGUGAUGUCUUCUUUCUCCGGUGAAUCUUGCUGUCCUAAGAAAGAAGCCACUGAAGAUGAAGCUGGAACGGUAGAAGAGGACAUCAAUGAAACAAGUUCCAUCUUUGAAAACAUGGCCUCCAAUCAGUCAAUCAAGGAUGAAGUCAGUGAACGUGGAAGAUGUUCUACGGAAAAGUCCUUCCAUCCCCAAGCAUGCGAGGGCAAAAGAAGUGACAGUGAUGAAAUUCAGAUGUGCAGUGUGGCAUCUUCUUCAUCCAGAAUAUCCAAGAAAAGCAAACACAGUCAGAGUCACUUAGAGGCAGAUUCCAAAGUGUCAUCUAAAGGGUCCACCACCACCAAGGAAAAGAAAUCAACAAGCUGUCUGCAUGCAGAAGAUUUCAGGUCUAACAGCAGAACUUCAUACUGCUCCAGAAGCAAGAAUGGGAGCCAACCAGAAGCCACCAGCAAGACAUCUUCCCCUCAGUCUAGCGCCUCAGAUUCUAAUGAGAAAAUCAGAGAUGGAACUGCCAAAAUUAGUUCUCAGCAACCGUCUUCAAGACCGGGAAGCAUGUCCGAAUCCACGUGCUCAAAAUGUGGUCACGUGGCAUUAGCCAGGAACAAUGAUCACCAGAGUAUUAGCUCAAAGAUAACUUUACAUUCUGGGGCCAAGACUAAAUGUACAGAGGCAGAGAGAAGUGAAGAUGCCUGCUCGCAAUCUAGUGCGGGACAGUCAUCUAAGCUGAGGCAAAAGAAAAUGAACAGUCUUUGGGCUGAUGGAGAGAAUUCUAGCCUAGCCUCAGUGUCAGAGUCUGCAUCCACAUACAGUUUGCACUGCCCUGUCCCUCCAAAGGGGAGACCUGGCAACAGAAAAAGGCGGACAGUGGUACUGAAGAAAAGCUCUAAAAGUGCCAGUGUGUGUACUGAAUCAGAACUAACUGCAGACAACGAACAGAAGGAAAUAAGCGUUUCAUCUAGACUGGCUUCCUCUGUGUCAAAGUCACUUGAAACAGACACAGCAAAUGUGGAAGAGAAUAAUUCAGAUACACUUAAAGAGGGGAAAGGCUCUUGCCUAGAGAAGGAUCCAGAAGCCGCAGCAGGUCCUUCUGUGAAUGGAGAAAGUGAAAUAGUACCCUCUUCCCUUCCAAAUGCAACUCCAGAAGAAGUUGUGCAUGAAUGGCUGCGUAAUAUUCCUUCAGAGACACUGCUGAUGAAAGACGAAAUGGAUGAUGAUGGGGAGGGAGGCACUGAAGUGAAUGCAGACAUACCAAGCUGUUCCAACCACCAAGACUGCUUGGAGGCAGAUAAGAAGUCAGAAAACCCAGAGGAGUUUGAAAACACACCAGCGGCUGAAGCCAUUGAAGAGGGAGCUGAAGAACAAGCUGAGGACCCCAGUGAGGAGAAGGCUUCUGAAGCAAUGUCUGAAAAGACUGAAGCUGACCAAACCGAAUAUGACCAUUCAGCCACCUUCAUCCAGAAGGGCCCUCAAAAAGACUUGCCAAGCACCAUUCAGACUUCGGUGCAAAUCAUGAAAGCUCUGCUUGUUUCCAAGGAAGAAGCAAAGUUGGACCGUUCAUAUAGCCUGCCUGAAGUGUCCCCUACAAUGGGAAGAAGGCUCAGCCAUUCGGCCAAUAUUUUGAUUACAUGCCUUGCCAGCUUGCAGCUCCUCGACGAAGAGCUGGACCCCCCCGAUGAAUCAAAACCCUUGAGCAGAAUGAGAUAUACAGAGCUGUUGAACAUUUUCCAGUCUCUCUGGUUUGGCUGCUCCCCUGAAAAAGGUGGCCCAAGCACAGAGCAGCCAAGAGAGGAGCAGGAAAAAGUGGCCUCAGGUAUCAAGGUCCAUCCCUCAAAAUAUGGUAUCAUCACAGCCAUGUCCUCUUCAGGGGUUGAUGUUAGCAGUGGUGAUGGAGACUCUAGAGAGGGAAGUGUGGUUGGAACCCACGAUCAUGCUUUAUCAGCAGAGAAAACAGAAGAAGCUGAACAUACUAAGGAAGAAGCAGAUGAAGAGGAGAGUGAUGAAAUUCACCACGAAUCAUUCCAGGAGGAUGAGGAAGUUGGAGGUGAUGAAGAAGAACAAGAGGGGCCUUCUCGGCCACCAACAGUUUGCUCAAAAUCUGAAAGAGGAGAAAAAGCAGAGUCUAGCAGAGUGGAGGAAAUGGCUGAUGACAACCAAGGCAAAACAGAUACUGAGGGACAUCCUAGUCAAGAAGGAUCCAAAGAGAAGGCUGAAGUAGAAAAUAGUCUGAAUCCAGAGAAGGCUGAUGGAGCCACAGAACAGCCAAACAAUGCUGAAACCGAAUCAGACUCAAAUGCAAAUGAAGCGAAUAAUGAAAGAGUGCAGGAAUCAAAAGCUGCAAGGCAGCUGGUAGAGGAGCCUCCAGCAGAUAUGGAACCCAGCAACAGAGUCCCUCGCCAAGCCACAGUGACAACUUCUCCAGCGACCCAAGAAAGAUCUGUGGACCCUGACCCAGUCUGGGUGCUGAAACUCUUGAAAAAGAUUGAGAAAGAGUUCAUGACUCACUACGUCAGUGCCAUGAAUGACUUCAAAGUGAAGUGGAACCUGCAGAACAAUGAUGAACUAGAUGUGAUGAUUGCAGACCUGAAGGAGGAAGUAAGUAAGAGAAUACAGAAGAGCAUAGAGAAAGAAUUAAGGAAAAUCCAAAGCAGGACAGGCAAGAGGGUUCCGAGACCCCCAAAUGGUGAGUUGAGGCGAGAAUCUACUCUCCAAAGAGAUGGCAGAAGACGACGUUUGCAAAGUGUGCAUAAAAUGUCACUAUUAAAUGGAAGCCAAAGUAAGCAACUAGAGACAAGGAACUUAUCUCAUGACCUAGAUGAAAUGGAUUUCUUAUUUAGUACCACAAUUACAGAUGAUGUUAAUGAUCUACUAAGUGAAGAUGAGUAUUGCCCCUGUGAUGCCUGCCUCAGGAAGAAAAUGUCCUCUAAGGCCACACUAAACACUGUGGUAGUGAUGUCCAAUGCACCAGUUGUGAAAGCUUUUGACUUACAGCAAAUUCUGCAGACGAAAAAAGACAAUGGUGCUGAAAAGAAGGAACCAGAAGAUAUCUCUGAAGAGAUUCCGGAUGAGAAAGAAGUUUCUUCUGAGCUAGCAGAAGAAGUAUAUGAUGAAUCUAAGGAAAAUCCAGUAAUGGAUCCAAUUGAGGAAAGAAAGCCAGAUGAAACCAGUGAACAAGAACAGCAGCAAGUCAAUGAAGAUGGAACAGAAACUCUCACUAAUGAGGAGGAAGCAGAAGGGGAAGAAGCAAGGAAUGGAGAUACAGAGGAGACAAAAUCAGAAGGGGGAACAGAGGCAAAAGAAGAAGAAGAGGAUGGAGCAAAAGAAGAAGCGGAAGAAGAAAAGGCAGUCGAAAAUGAAGAAGAAAAUGAAGAAAACGAAAUCACAGAACAUGUGAGAGAGGCCAGUGAAGAAAAGGAGGAGAAAGAAGAAACAGAAGUGGAAGAAGUACAAGAUGAAAAGGAGGAGGAGGAUGCAAAAGAGGAAGACAAAACAAAUGAGGAGGGAGAAAACAAGGGAGAAGAAGUACAAGAUGAAAAGGAGGAAGUGGAAGAAAUGAAAAAGAGGAGGAAGAUGUAA